AUGCAUCGAGAUCGCCCGGGAGGCGCUGGAGGCCGCUAACCGCGACCGGGCGUUGCGCUUCCUCCACAAGGCCCAGAAGCUCUACCCGACCGAGACCGCCCGAGUUUUGUUGGAAGCAAUUAUGAAGAAUGGAAGUGCUGCUGGGAGUGCUCCAUAUUGCCAAAAGCCAGCAAAUGGUAAUGAUCAAAGUAAACCCAGUACCACAAAGGACAGCAAUGCAUCUGCUGCAGGUGAAAGUGGAAAAGGCUACACCAAAGAUCAAGUGGAAGGAGUAUUCAGUAUAAAGAAAAGUAAAAAUUAUUAUGAAGUACUUGGAGUGUCAAAAGAUGCAGGUGAAGAAGAUUUGAAGAAAGCUUAUCGAAAGCUUGCUUUGAAAUUUCAUCCAGACAAAAACCAUGCACCUGGAGCAACAGAUGCUUUUAAAAAGAUUGGAAAUGCAUAUGCUGUGCUGAGCAAUCCAGAAAAACGAAAGCAAUAUGACCUUACAGGCAGUGAGGAGCAAGCAUGCAAUCACCCUGGCAAUGGUAGAUUUAAUUUCCACAGAGGUUGUGAGGCUGAUAUUACUCCAGAGGAUUUAUUCAAUAUGUUCUUUGGAGGAGCAUUUCCUUCAGGUAGUGUACAUUCAUUUUCAAAUGGUCGAGGUGGCUACAGUCAUGCUAAUCAACACCGUCAUAGUGGACAUGAGAGGGAAGAGGAGAGGGGUGAUGGAGGCUUUUCUAUGUUCAUCCAGCUGAUGCCUAUUAUUGUACUGAUCCUUGUGUCUUUGUUGAGCCAGUUGAUGGUUUCUAAUCCUCCUUAUGCCUUAUACCCAAGAUCUGGUACAGGGCAAACCAUCAAAAUGAAAACAGAAAACUUGGGAGUGAUUUAUUAUGUCAACAAGGACUUCAGAAAUGAAUACAAAGGAGUAUCAUUACAGAAGGUGGAAAAGAGUGUGGAAGAGGACUACGUGUCUAACGUUCGAAAUAACUGUUGGAAGGAGAGGCAGCAAAAAACGGACUUGCUGUAUGCAGCAAAAGUGUACCGAGAUGAUCGCCUCCGAAUGAAGGCAGACUCCUUGUCCAUGGACAACUGCAAAGAACUAGAAAGGCUGACAAGUAUCUAUCGAGGGGGAUGAACUAAAAUUUUACCUGUGCAUCUUCAAGUAUGCUAUUAUAUCUCUCCUGUAUAGCAAGAAGAGAUUGUUUCAUUCUGAAAGCUGGAAAGUGGGUGGAUGUAAAACUCUACUGUGUAGCUGUUUCCAGAACCCUUAUGCUGAAAUAUCAUGUAAUGGCUUAUUUACCUACUCUGAAAUAUAGAACAAAGUUCACAAAUAUUUUAAUUGUUUAGAUUUUACUUCAAAAGCUUCUGUGAAUUCUUUCAGCAGAGAGUAGCUCAGACAGGAUGCCACACUUGUAGAAACUUAAGUCAUAGUGGUUCUCCUUUAACAUAUUUGUUGUGUAAAUAUCUGUGCAAAGAACUUUGUGUAUAUAUAAAUUAAAAGACUUUCUAUUUAAAAUCUCAGAAAUUUAGCUCCAUGAAACAUUUUGUCUCACUGAUUAAAUGAAUAGUGUGACUACAUCACUCCUUAUUCAGAUGUCAAGCGUGUGUAGUUGAAACAAAAAAAUUACACUUCAUCUCUAACUUUAUGUAAAAACUUCAGACUUUACCAGCUUAGAGGAACUUGAUAUUUUUAAAAUAUAGCAGUGUAUAUUCCUAAAUAUAUGGUGGGGUAUAUUGAUUUGGAGUAGCAAUUAGCUGUUGUUGUUUUUAAGAUUUUCUGACCAAUACUAAGAAAACCAAGAGCUUCACUAAUCUCUUUUAAAAGCAGAUAUUUGUAAAGUCCUAUAUAGAGGUUGUAAACAUUGCUUUUAGUACGUGGAAUAAUUUGCAGCAACUCUGCCAUUUGAUACUUCAGUAGACCAUAAAUAUGUUGAACGUGUACUUCCAGGUUCUGUAUUUUUCACUGAAAAGGUUUAGGGAAACCUGCAAUAGUAAUUAGUUUAAAAAAAACAACAAUAUGUUUCCUCUUGGGAAAUCUGCAAUUUCUCAUUUCAAGCUAGUAUCCUAAAACAUUCAUGUUUCAGCAUCACAAGUGGAACAGGAAAAUCACUGCUUAAGUCAAAAACUUUGUGCCUUUUAACACUAAUAGUUAGCUAGUUUCUAACAUUCUGCGGUGAUCAGGGCCUCACAAAUUUGACCAAGUACAGAAAAAAGAAAAAAUUACAGUAUAAAGUUGUUUCAGUCCAGAAUCUUGCUGGCUGGAUUCCCUAUAGACGAGAACUUACCAUUAGAUCAUUAAAUACAAUAGAGUAUAAUUUAAUUCCAUGUACUGAACAUGUAAGUUAUGUAUCCAGACAUGCUGUCACAAAUUAAGGAGCAUUCUGAAUCAGGUUGGAUACAGGUUUUUUGGUGCCUUCAGAAAGAAUAAGUGACAUGUCUAUAUUUAUCAACACAACAUAGCAAAAUAUUUUGUUUUUUCAUUUGUGAAUGCUGGAUAUUUGGUAACAAGGGCAGUACAUUGUUUUAGAGACUUUCUCUUUAAAUACUGUAUGGAAUUGCAAGGAGGCAAAUUCUGUUUUCAGGUUAACAGUGUAACUACUUAACUGAAGUCAAUGGCCUGUUCACUUAAUUGGGUUUACAGUGCUGUACCUUUUGAACAGUUUGUCCCCAGAGCCACAUUAAAUGCUUCUAAUUUGAGUGGCCCUUAAACCUUUUGUGCGUAUGUUUUCUAAAUUGUCUCACUGGCUAUAACCAAUAUUGUAUACGAUGAUAUAAGAUGGAACAGACUGGCUGGUGACAAAGCAAAUAGCCAAACCAAAACAUUUUUGGUCAUUUGAAAGAGGUAGUGUUCAAAGUAGAUAUCAGAUGUGAACUUCAAAGCUGAGCUGAAAACUAAAACAAAAUAGGCUUUCUGUGCUGAAUGUCCCCAUUAAUCAAGUUUUGAGGCAGAGAGAGGAAUGGUGUAAUCACAUUUAUCUGCUUAUUUUAGAAAUCACCCAACUGCUUGCAGUUUGCCUCAGACAGACAGAAAGCAAGCAAACAAAUGCGGAUUCCCUAGAUUCUAAGUUAUUCAGAAAGUAUCAUAAAUAUGCUCAUUUGGAGAACAUAACAUCAAAGAACUUGUCAAAUUCUUUAUCUUGUCUUAAUAGAGAAAUUUUUUCAAUGGUUUUGAACAAAAGCACAGGCCUCUUGUUUCAUAGAUACACCUGUGUGCUUGUGGGUGCCAUAUUUUCCGUGAACAUAAAAAGAAAUAAUUUUAUUGUGUUUAUAAAAUAUUGUGGCUGUGAAGCCACAGUUAAAUAUUUUUAAUAAAGCUGCUUACAGUAAAUAUAUAGUUACCAUAUGGUUAGAACUAGGCUGCUACAUUCCAUUGGAUUAUAAAUUAUUGGAAAAUUAAUUCUUUCUAAGAAUAUUGUGUUUCAAAAACAUGUUUGUUUGAGGAAAAAAAUGCUGCUUCACACGUAAUAGAUUUAAGUAUUUGCAGUCUCUUAUUGAGACCAGGGUAGGCAUUGGGAAAGCAUGGGUAUACUUCCUGUAGAAUAAAGACCUGCCUAUCUUAAAGGUGAUGUGCAAGGAUUCUUUUAAAGUUAGCUAUGUGUCCUUUUUUUUUUCUUUGUAAUGUAUUUGAAAAGUAAAAGCCUGGUGGUUUGAGGGGGCUUUUGUUUGUUUUUUGUUUCUUUUAAUUUAUGGUUAAAAAUAUCAGGCAUGUCAAGUCUCUUCUUUGGUUUUGCUGAAGGAUCUUCUGGGUAGCUCAAAGUAUAUUUCUUGUGAGAAAGAUGACAACCAAAGGGGUAAAUAUCCUUUAUCGAAAUGUUCAUUAGUCAUAAGUUAAAUAUUAUACCAAAACCAGAGGUUUUUAAGCAGCCUAACUAAAAAUCCCUGCACUUUCCAGCUGCUCAGAUUUUAUUCUGGUCUUUUGUGAGUCAGUUACUCCACUGGUUCUCAGUCAUUGUUGUUUCCCAGGGUUAACAGAACCUGAAUUUCUCAACUGAAAAAAAAAAAAAAAAAAAAAA